AUGGCUGGUGUUUCCAGGGUUGUUGCAGCUGUUGCUGCUCUUGCUCUUGUCUUUGCCAUUGUUUUGCCUGUUGCUCAGGCCCAAGCUCCUGCUCCUGCUCCUGCCCCAACCAGUGAUGGAGUGCUGGAGAUAUUUUCUUGGAAAUGUGGUUCCAUUUUUCUGGGUGAUUUAGGUGAAGAAAUGACUUAUCUCAUAGCUUCUGAACUGGUUACAACUUUGGAGGAUACAGAGAUAGGGAGAGGCAGCCUUGAUCUUCUUCCUCCAGUUACCCCCAAACAUGGUUCAGUUUCUCGCCUUUUUUCAUUUUAG